CCCACAUAAUGAAGGAGGUAGAUUCAAUUCGAUUCUCUGCUCCUGUUCUAAUCAAAUUUUACGGUCUUUUGGAUGUCAAUGGUCUGUUCAGAUUCUUCUGUGAAGUUACUGCAAUUCCAUGAAAAAUAGUGAUCUGGGCUUUUAAGAGCUGAUGAAGGAAAAGGGAACAGAGAAAAAGGGGAAAAGAAGAGGGAAAGCAUCGUUUGGUUUGUGUUUCUAAUAUUCUAUUAUUAGUAAUGAACAGGUGUUUGCUACUGGAGGACGAGCGGAGAGUACCCAAUUCUGUGGUCGUCUCUGUCCUCAUUUCCUCUAUUUUAUUCAUCUCUAAUUCCCUCUCCUCCCUUCCCGAUCCAACUUCUGUCAUUCCCCGGGGCCCCUAUUGCCCCGGCUUCUCUAUCUCUAUGUGAAUAAAACUAGAAAGGAAAAAGAAGAAAAAAAAGCGGAGGAAUGGAUGUCAGAAGAUGGAUAUGUGGGCUCUCCAUUUUGAUUCUGUUUGAGGUCUCCAGUGUCUCUGCUUCUGGAGUUUUCAACGUGUAUCACAAAUUUGCGGGUCAGGAGCUGUCUCUGAGAGAUGUCAAAGCUCAUGAUGGGCGCCGUCACCGUCGGUUCCUGUACUCCGACAUAGAUCUCCCCCUGGGUGGAAACAGCGAUCCUAAAGAUCUUGGGACUUACUAUACUAAACUUGCCAUUGGGUCUCCUCCAAAGGUUUAUUAUGUACUAGUCGAUACAGGAAGCGACAUUCUUUGGGUCAAUUGCGUCGACUGCACCAAUUGUCCAACAAAAAACGUUCUCGGUCUAGAACUCAAGACAUAUGAUCCAAAAGCCUCUGCAACUGGAGAAGUGAUUACCUGUGAUCAAGAUUUUUGCUACCUCGCUUCUCAGAGCCCUGUUCCUAGAUGCACCAAUAAAAUGUACUGUGCAUUUAGUGUGGAGUAUCAAGACGGGAGUGCAACCGCUGGAUACUAUGUCAGAGAUGUUAUACAAUACGGUCAAGUGUCCGGUAACCGACAGACUACACUCUCUAAUGGGACUGUUGUCUUUGGGUGUGGUGUUCCACAAUCUAGUGGCACAGAUUCAUCUGAUGCAACUCUUGAUGGAAUACUUGGUUUUGGACAAACAAAUACAUCCAUGAUAUCACAGCUAGCUUCGGCAGGUAAAGUGAGAAAGAUGUUUGCUCACUGCUUGGGUGGUAUAAACGGAGGUGGAAUGUUUGCCAUUGGACAUGUUGUGCAGCCAAAAGUAAAAACAACUCCAUUGGUACCAGAUCAACCACAUUACAAUGUCAAUAUGGAAGGAGUUGAGGUGGGGGGCGUUGUUCUCCAAGUACCUCUAGAUGUAUUUGCAACUGGGUCACGACAAGGGACAGUAAUUGAUAGUGGUACAACCUUAGCCUAUCUUCCUGAGAUCAUCUAUGAACCAUUAAUUAAGGAGAAGGAUUUUUCAUGCUUUACAUAUUCUCAAAGCGUGGAUGAUGGAUUUCCUACUGUUACUUUUCGUUUUGAAAAUUCACUUUCGCUGGUGGUUUAUCCUCAUGACUAUUUGUUCCCGCUCUCAGACACUGAAUGGUGUAUUGGUUGGCAAAAUAUUGGAAACCAGUCCAACGAUUCCUUGAACAUGACUAUUUUUGGUGAUUUAGUAUUAUCAAAUAAGCUUGUUUUAUAUGACCUUGAGAAUCAGGUCAUUGGGUGGACCGAAUACAAUUGUACUUCAAGCAUUGAACUGAAGGACGAGAAGACUGGAGCUUCAUAUGAAGUAGGUGCUACCAAUCUAUCUUCUUCUGCUAGGGGCUUGGAAGUAGGAAAGUGUAUAAUAUUGUUAUUUCUAUCCAUCAUGGUGCAUACUUUAAUUUACUGAGAUCAUUGCCAACAUGGGUUGUAUGGGUUCUAUUGAUUUUUGUUUUAUUAUUAUUUUUUUUUAAUGAAAAUAUUUAUGCAUGCCUGAUUGUUGUAAAUGUAUGUACC